UACGAAAGCAGGUUUUGAGCAGGUCUCACGGAGGGGGAAGAGAUUCCCCAUUUAGGCUUUGUCCUUAACAACAUCCCUAGCUAGAAGAUAUUUCGGUAAUAUAGCACGGGAGGCGGUUAAAUUGAUAACGUUGUUUUUUUACUAUAUACAUUUAAACCCGUAACAUAACACGGAGGUGACAUACCUCUUGAAAAUGCUUCAGUCUCUAGCUAGCAAUUCUUGUGUGCGUUUGAUACAAAGUCACAAAUCGACGUGGUAUUUUGUAUCUUUAGUCUUGGGGUAUCUGCUUUAUCUCGUGUUCGGCGCUGUUGUCUUUUCUUCGGUGGAGCUGCCUUAUGAGGACGCCCUGCGCCAGGACCUGAGGGCCGUCAAAAAACAGUUCCUCCAGGACAAUGAAUGUCUUUCCGAGGAGCGUCUGGAGCGGUUUUUAAAGAAAGCACUGGAUGCCAGUAACUAUGGGGUUUCCAUCCUCAACAACGCCUCCGCUAACUGGAACUGGGACUUCACCUCUGCGCUGUUUUUUGCAAGCACCGUGCUGUCCACCACAGGAUAUGGUCACACAGCACCUCUGUCGGAUGGAGGGAAGGCCUUCUGCAUUAUCUACUCGGUGAUCGGCAUCCCCUUCACCCUUCUCUUCCUCACUGCCGUGGUGCAAAGGAUCAUGGUGUUCAGCACACGGAGGCCGAUCAUGUACAUCCACACGCGCUGGGGCCUGUCCAAACCACUGGUGGCCAUUGUUCAUGCCACUCUGCUCGCCACGGUGGCCGUCUCUUGCUUCUUCCUAAUUCCCGCCGCCAUCUUCUCAGCACUGGAGGAGAACUGGAACUUCCUGGAGUCCUUCUACUUCUGCUUCAUUUCCCUGAGCACCAUCGGCCUGGGAGACUAUGUACCUGGAGAGGCUGCUAACCAGAGGUUCAGGGAGCUCUACAAAGUCGGCAUCACUUUUUACCUGAUCCUGGGUCUGAUCGUCAUGCUGGUGGUGCUGGAGACCUUCUGCGAGCUACAGCAGCUGAAGCAGCUGAGGAAGAUGUUCUACCUGAAGAAGGAGAAGCCGCUGGACCGCCUCGCCAUUUUGGAGCACGACCACCUGUCCUUCACUACUGUGUCCAACAGGGCCACAGUUCAUAAUGAAGACAAGACCCAGCCGUUUGUUAGUGUCCAAACUCUGGCCUCUCCUAAUGAUGAUCCCAUGAUUCAGUAAACAAAGAUGGCGCAAACUGCUAUUGAAUGAUGAAAAUAUGAAAGUGGGGGGGUAAUACACACAAGAGUAUAAGUAGAUAGAACGAGUAGAUCCUAAGUCUCAGCUGUAGGCAUUCUGCAAAGCUCGGCCCUGCAAAAUUUAGAAGUAAAACUAGUUGAGACUGUUGAGAUCACGCAAACAAUCUCCUUUGCCGAACCACAAUACUGACAACACAGUGCUAUGCAGCAGAGAUUAAAUUUAUGCACAAUAAUUAGGUAGAAAAUUAAUAUUUUAACAGUGACUCUAAAGACAAAGUCAGUGAUAAAAGAAAAGCCUUCUGCUGCAUUUAUAACUCAUAGGAGCUAAGCUCCUUUAUGAGCUGUAUUAUUUAUUGCAUAUUUAGUGACAUCUUAGGAUGUAAUUGGUCUCUUAAAUCUAGAUGAAAUAUAAGACAAUUAUCUGUAGUCUGUCACAAAAUAGUACAUAUGUAAUACAAUAUGUCUGUAUCUUUAUAAAUAGAGAUGCUUGACAUGUAUGUGGAAUGUACAUAAUCAGGUAAAAUAUGUAAAGUAUAGUGCCAUCAAGAAUGAACACAACUCUUAAAGAUGAGCCAAAGUGAAGCUAAAACAUAUAAACAACUUAAGGGAUUAACUGUACUGUGAGGUCAGAAUUUCUUUUUUAUUUUCAGUUGGAACUUUGACAGGAGAAUUUGUGAUGUGUUGUGUUGUGUUUUCAUGCUAGUGCUCGCCUCUGACUGAUCGAAGUUUGUUGGUGGGUAAGCUGUGAAAUGCUUCAUCAGUUUCUCUUCAGUUGGUUGCUCUUAUGGAUUUUUGAAGAGUUUUUGAAAGUUUCAGGGACCUGUUUUUCCAUUGCAUAAUUUGGGUCACAUGGGUGACUGAAAGAGAGGUUGCAGUCGAUCCUGAAAAAGGCAUCUGAAAGAAUAGACGAUACAUUUUAUGAACAAUACAUGAGCUGUUUUACACUGUAUAUGUUUUGUAGCAUUUUUGGCUCAUCUUUACAGAGGUGUUAAACGUUCUGGUUGCACUCCACAUUGUCGCAUUUCAUUGUGAGGGAAAGUAUUUGUCUGCAGAUAUAUGUAUUUUCUCAACAUGUUGCAGUGCCGUUUCAGAGUUGUCCAUGUGUGGUGAUAAGCACUAUAAUUUAUUGAUUUGUCUGAAUUGCUUAAUGUGUGCUGGACUGUGUGAAAAGGGGAAUGAGGUUAGCCCAGCUUAAAAAAGGGAACCAUAGAGGGCCGACUGCCCUAUUGCAUUUUACUGUCAAUAAAGAGAGCUCAGUUUGCACAUGUACUGGAACCAGGUAGUAGUACAGAAAAAAUAACUUUGGGAUUUCUCUGAAAGGAAAGGGAUAUGGUUCCAAAGAUUUCAUCAGUGAUAUUUUUAAUGAAAAAGAUGAUGUUACCUCUGUUGUGGAUGAUCUGUAAAGGCAAGACAUUGAACAGGAACUAUUUUACUGUAUUUAAAUCCUUUGAAUGUCGAAAAUUCUAUUUUUAGAUAUGACACGAGGAAGGUUUACAAAAUUUUGUUAGUAAUUUAUGAAAGGAAUUCUGUACUAAAAAGGGUACGUUAGGGAAACUUGAAACUAUAAACUCAAGCAGCAGAAGGAGCAGCUUGAAUUGAACUAUCCAAGUUCUGAUUAUCUACCACGUCAGUUUUUAGGGCAAUGAUUUUCCAUAAUCUGAAUUUAAACCAGUGGAUAUGCACUUGCAGAUUUCUGUGACAUUGACAUUGAACUCCUCUGUGUAUUUAAAAAGAAAUAUUUCUGGCAGGAGGUAAAAUGUUCUGACAGAAGUACUAAUUUCAUUCCAUUAUCCGUCCUGUUAUAUUCUGCUCGGUGCAGACACCCACACAUACAGUGUAGAAUAUGACUAAUGCAGAUUUAUUUGUCAUUUAAUAGAAAGACAUGCAAUCGUCAUCAGUUUUAACAGUGUUUCAGUCUCCGUUUGUUGCUGAAUUUCUGACCUCAUCUUUCUCUGCUACAUUGCUCCAUCAAGACACAGUCGCAGCCUUUUAUAAAGUCUUGAAUGUAAUGUUUUUUAUGCUGUUUGCUACAGUGAGAUUCAAGGCCUGACCAGCGCACAGCAUUGCCUCUAGCUGUUUUCCGCUGGCUCUGUUUGUUAAGUAUUGACAAGUUUAGCUGCAGCAAGGUGUCAUGACCACUUGCGAAAUUAGCUUUGAUUGUGUCAGCAUCUUGAGUUACUCACUGAUCUUUAAUAUGGAAUUUUAUAGAUCAGUAGAUCAGAUUGUUCUUUUUUUUGUUUUUGUUUCACCAGUCUGGGCCUUCAUGUAAACUGUGAAGCAUUGAUACUGCUCAUAUUGUCUGCUGAGAAAAAAAGGAGAACUUGAAUUUUGAUAAGUUUGGGGUUGUCUCUUUUACUGUAAAGAUGUUUCUCUGUUUUGUAGAUUCGUUGAAUAGAUUGAUGUCAAGCCUUUGACCCUUCAGCGUUACUGUUUCUGGCAGUGUUUGUCACCAUGCAGUUUGUCUCGAAGGUAAAGCAGCUCUAGUUCUGUUCAGGGAGUAAACGUGUCAAGGAUUACAAAUGGAAGCACACUGACAUUGUUUAUUUAUGCUGACAAAACGGAUACGUUUGGAAUAUUUGGAAUCAUAGUUUUCUGUACAUAUCUCUUCAGUCGUUGUGGCGCAUACUGUAGAUACAUAUGCACAGUAGUACUUCAAUGUUACAAUACCAAUAUUGUAAUACAGCAAUGCCACCAAGGUUUUCUGUAAACUUCAUUUCAACAUAAGAAGUGAUUCCAUGAACUGUAAAAUAUCAGUGUGUCUUAAAUAAAGUGUUGUUAUUAUUACUUAA